AUGAAUUUCACCGCCAUUCCCUCAGAGGUUGAAAAGACAAAAACAACAAUGCCAGUUCAAGAAAUUAUUGGAGAUCUUCACAUCAACUUGCCAUUGGUUGAGGCGAUCAAGCAAAUACCGAACUAUGCUAAGUACCUUAAAGUCAUUGUCUCUAAAAGAACAAGGAUAAGAGAGUCUGAAACAGUUACUGUGAUGAAGGGAUGUAUGGCCAUGUUGCAUAACCGAAUGCCACCCAAACUAAAAGAUCUCGAUAGCUUCACAAUACCAUGUACAAUCGAAAAUUGUUACGUCGGAAAUUCAUUAUGCAAUCUUGGAGCGAGUAUAAAUCUUAUGCCUAAAUUUGUGUUCCGAAUAUUGGGUAUCGGGAAGGAGAAAUCUACGUCAGUUAUGCUACAACUUGAAGACAAAUCCUAUGUGCAACCAGAGGGAAAAAUUAAAGGUAUACUUGUAAAAGUUGAUAAAUUUAUUUUUCCAACUGACUUCAUUGUUAUGGAUUGUGAAGCAGAUGAAUUUACAUCUAUUAUCCUUGGAAGACAAUUCCUAGCAACAUGA